AUGGUUGACCGAUGCCGUGCUACUGUGUAUUGGAUUGAAUAUGUGAAACUCAAUUCUGAUUGCGCUCUUGAAUUUAGGAGGGGCCUAUUGACCACCACCCCGAAUGGUUUGGUGCCUGUAUAUGAGAAGGACGAUAGGGAUGUUGUUGGCGUUGGGGUCACGCCCGAGAACAUUGACGAAUAUUUGCCCUACGUCGACUGCAUCAUAGUCGCUACUGGUGUCUCGAAGUCUUUGCAUGAGUUUGAUGUUGGCAAACUGGACAAACUCUUAUGCAAAUGUCGUGGGUACCCAUGGUAUGCUGCGAUCUAUGGUGAUAAGUAUGCCUGGUCGGCUCUACUGGAGGACUUACGCGCGAAGAUCUCUCUUGUGGUGGGAGAGGACAGCGUUUCAGCGUUGGCUGGUGUCGAUGCGACUGGCUUCAUCACAGGAGGAGCCCUCAGUGCUUUGAUAGGCGUUCCCUUCAUUAUCAUACGCAAGGCCAAUAAGCUAUGUGUUCAUACCAUUGGUGUUGAUUAUGUCGACUAUUCUGGCAAGACUAAAAGGCUGGAAAUCAGGUCUCCAUUACAUGUGUCUGUCUCUGCGGCUAGCACUGGUGUUAUCGUAGUGGACCAGUGGAUCGAGACUGGCCACACUAUGUGUGCUGCUAUCGAAUUACUCACAGCUUCUGGUGUGCGGGUGUUAGCCGCAGUAGCAGUAGCUGCUGAGACUCGUGGUCGCCUGGUAGUGGAAGGAGCCUUGGGAGGAGGGACCGUCGUCUGUGCCUUGAACGGGCUGAUCAUACAGCGGGAAGUUGACUGUCAUUUCAUGGAAGGCUUCAAAGGUCUUGUUGGAUUUCGUGUGUGA